ACCGAGGACUCACACAGAUAGUCGGUUGUGCCGGAGGGAGGUGAUUCCGGUCUGUGUCCUCCCACAGCACGGGGAAAGGGGCGAUCUCGUUUGUGACAUUGGCUGAAGGGGACCCGGGAACGGAGCUGGGUCGCCAAGGGGUUAGUGACAGGGAUCGCAGUGCAUGCUCUUUUAAAACUCAAGCAGUUGGACCCGCGGACACCAGUCGUAUACCCCUGUCUGGAUGAUCGCUCCCUUUUCCUAAGUGAGUGUCGUCUUUCUUCACAACUUAACGGGUUUUGCUGAACGGAGACACUGACUCAUGGACCAGCUGACAGCGCGAGGACGAGGCGCGCGGCGCUUCUAGCAGCGUGCGUACAGAUGUGGAUCAAAUAAAGCGGCUGUACGAAGGGAAGAGAAAAGCAGCGAGAGGAGCAGGAGGGCUCGAACCGCGGAGGGGGGGGGGCAUCGGCGAGGCCAUGGCGUCCAGCCUGACGUGCGUGGGCGUGGUGUGGGCGCUGCUCUCCUUCCUGAGCGCGGCCGCCUGCUGCGUGGGCUUCUUCAUGCCCUACUGGCUACUUGGCUCGCAGAUGGACAAGCCAGUGUCGUUUGGCACGUUCCGCCGCUGCUCAUACCCCGUGCGGGACGAGGAGCGGCAGGCCACGGUCAUGCUGGAGCAGUGUGGGCGCUACGCCUCAUUCCAGGCCAUCCCCAGCCUGGAGUGGCGGAUCUGCACCGUGGUGACAGGCGUGGGUUGUGGGCUUUUACUGCUGGUGGCGCUCACUGCCCUCAUGGGCUGCUGCGUCUCCGAGCUCAUCUCCCGCGCCGUCGGCCGCGCCGCCGGUGGCAUCCAGUUCGUCAGUGGGUCAAAGGUCACCCGGCUCUGCUUCUUGCGGGAGGUAGUGCACGGCGCCCAACGGGAUGGCCGGCCUCGUGUCGGCUCCCGCCGGAAGUGGACCUGGCUCAGAACCGGCCAUCUGUCCCAGCUGCGAGAUUCUCCGCUGCUUGCAGAUCGCCUACGGGGCACACGAGGCACAAGGCAACGUGAGAGCAGCAGGGGAACUUUCUGGAUGAAGUGCUGAGCCAGGAAAUUUACCGUGACAUGGAACGUUCUUUGGCAGCCGGACUUUGUCUCUCUGAACGGAGGUGACUCAGUGUGACUCGGGGUGGCAGAGUUUAUCUAGAUCAAACAGGAAGCAGAGGGGAGAAACCAAAAACAGGCUCAGACACUCAGGUUAGGCAGCUCGGGCUCUCAGUCUGCCCCCCCCUGACCAAAUACAGCCUGGGGGCUGGUGGGGCUUUCUACUGGCUCCUCGUUCCACUUGGGGGUGCAGGGACUGGAUUGGCACCUGUGUCAGCUGACUCAUUUAAACAGUGUCAGUUCCUUGCACGGACUAGAUGACUCCACGCGUGACUCAAACCUGAGUCACCCAUCUGAACGGGCUGCAGCCCCCCAGCUCCCGUCUGGUAUCUGGUAUGGAGGCCUGAUCUCGCGCCUUUAGUUCUGUUGUAUUAACAUUAAUGUUAACGGGGUGCCCUGUCUGACCUGGUAAUCAUUAACAAAGAAAGCAAACAAUUCUUGCCGUCAGGCCAACUUCUGCCUGAGGGAGUCGCCGUACGGCCGAUGACCUCAGAAAAGAUGGUUCGUCCAGUGACACUUUUCCCACCGACGGCUCUAAGGAUCGCCACUCAAGAUUUGGAUGUAAACCCAGGGGAAGUACAUGGGGGCGGGGCUACAGCAUCACUGGCCCCAGCUGAAAGCUGAUUGGUCCCCAGAGUGCCCUCAGUCCCGCCCCUCAGGUUGGCCCCUCUGUAUGAAUUACAGCCUUACAGUCUUAUGCUUUCCAUCUUUGUUUUCGUGUGUUUGCGAAUGAAUGAAUGAAUGUCUUUAUUGUCAUUGCACAAGGUGCAUUGGCAUUGUUCAUGUAUAAAUGGAUAAAGUCGCAAAACCUUUUCAAAAAGGAUGCAUUCAUACCCACCUGAGAUGCCGCAUCCUGCGAUUCCCGGGCCCCCGUCCCCUUCCUGUUCCGGACAUUUCCACACUCUGUUUCUCGAUCACACACUGGGAACUUGGGCCAGUCGUCACUACAGUGGCAGACAGGGAGGCUCCAGAGAGAAUUGCAGGCAGUUUAACGUGCUCGCAGACUGGACGCUUUUACGCACUGAUGUGUCCCUUCACGUCCCGCUGUUGGUGAUUUAUGUGGAUCUGUAUAAGCUGUAAUUAUGUGUAGGCCUGUUUUGGUGGGCUGGGGGGGGGGUGCUUCUUUCGAUUUGGUUAAAGACGAACGGAUGGAUCCCUGUAGAAUCCCCUCUUUCCUCUGUGUUACGCCGUUUACGUCGCGUCUGACUCUGCCGAUGGACUCCCGCAGACUCUCUGGAAGCUAAUCUGCAAACGGCAUGCCUGCUUUGAAGACUCUACAUUCCUGAGCUAAACGGGACACUUAGGGGCCUUUUGUGUUUUGUUGCUGGGGGGGGGCGGGGGGCAAACAGCGUUAUGUUAGGAACAGCUGUGCUGAGUUAAAAAUCUGUUUGGUCUGAGGCAGGACACGCGAUCUGGCUUCUUAAAGACACUGGCAACUCUCACAAGGCCGCUCUCGGGGAGUGAGGCUUUGCCAACACCCCCCACCUAAUUAUAGAUAAGAAGGGGCGUGUCCCUGGGCAGCUGGGACGUGCAGAGUUCUGGGUAUGAAAUGCAUUCUGGGUAUGAAAUGCAUUCUGGGUAUGAAAUGCAUUCUGGGUAUGAAAUGCAUUCUCCAUGUUAGAAAGCAGUGAGGUGACACGGAGGUGGGGAGAGGGUGGGGGCAUGAAAAUGAAAAGCAAACUGUGUGACAGACCCUGGAACGGGGGAAGCAGAACUCCUCCAAUACAUCGCUGGGUUUUCCAGAUCCUUCCUUGUCUGAUUCCUCAGACCACCCAGCAAAGUAGGGCAUAGACAGCUGGUGCUUGUGAGCUGGUAACUUCCAUAUUCUGCUAUGUCGCCCAGAGUCACAUUAUCAUGAGAGGUGGAAUAGGGAUCAGGUAUGAAGCACGAUUGGCUUAAUGAUACUUAAGUCGCCUUAUUUCCCUUCAUUCCGUUGAUCAUGUGACUGAGCUGAUCAUGUGGCUGAGCUGAUCGUGUGGCUGAGCUGAUCGUGUGGCUGAGCUGAUCGUGUGGCUGAGCUGAUCGUGUGGCUGAGUUGAUCGUGUGCCUGAGUUGAUCGUGUGCCUGAGUUGAUCGUGUGCCUGAGCUGAUUGUGUGACUGAGCUGAUCAUGUGCCUGAGCUGAUCGUGUGACCGCACAGAUGCCUGCCAUUACACGUCUCUCCCACUGAUCCCGACCUCCUGCUCAGUGACGGCGCCGCCCUUCAGGACAAAGUGGCUUUGUGUCGCUGAUGAAGUAAGGCUUUGUAUGGGGAGGGGGGUGGCUUCUGGCAGAGAGAUGCAUCUCCUCCGUCACAUGAGGGAUGCCUUGCUUGCAUGGUGAAGGUAUCUCCCCACGAAUCUCCCUUUCUUCUUCCUCUGAGUCUCUCUGUUACUUCUCUCUUUUUCUCUGUCUGUUCUCCCUCUCUUUCUCCCUCCCCGGCCUGGGGCAUGGCAUGAUAAUGGCAGCUUGAUAACGCCGGUCACCUUGUUGGAGUUGGAGUGUGCCACAUCAGUUGAUAAGUGUGGCAGUCAUGCACGGCUCCUGAGGGACCGUCCCGUAAUGUGACGAUGCCUCCACAGGAGUUAAACGCGGGUCUGUCAUUUGGAUGUCUGUGAUUGACUGGGCCCUCAUUAGCUGUGGCCCCCAGCCCUGGCGGAGAACAGUUGGUGCCUGACUCUUAUCUGGGCUUUGCUGAAGAUUGAUGUCACAGGAAAACACUGCCCUUCACUUUUCAUCCCGUAAUUUCGAGACAGUCCCACGUCGGACCCUUCCAGCCAAAUAGCCACGUUUUCGGUUUCUCUUUCGAGUUGGAAUGUUCCAGAUGCUGGAAACUGAAAGAUUUUAAGGUUUUAACUUACUAAUGAGUUUAGUCAGCUUGUCAUGGGUCAGUGUGGGUGUUUAUAAGGCUACUAUAUAACUGGAUGCUUAUUUGUUCUUCUGGUUUCUGUCAUAUAAAGGCCGAUGGGAGAUGUCCAAAGGGGAGUCAUGAGUGAGGAGUUAAUAGAUACGAAAUGUAAGAUUAAUGAUGUGUAAGUCCCCGGAUGCUGGAGCCGGAGUGCCAGACCGCAGUUCUUGCUUGCUGUGCGCUUAUUCUGUCAGUUUCCAUGUCCUUCCCCAGUUCUGGGGCUUGUCAGUGAGGCAGCCUGGUGAACAGAUAGUACCCCGGCAGUGGCCAACAUUCGUGUUAGGAGCUUCAUCACUGGGACCACCUUAAGUGGACGCGAUUCCGGCACCUGACUGGCCAUGUCGUGUUCCUGGGAGGAGGACCCAUGAGAUGUUUAGUCUGGGGUUUGGUGAGGGGUUUAGCAUGAGGUUUAGCACGAGGUGUUUAGUGUGGGGAUUAGCGUGAGAUGUUUAGCGUAGGAUUUAGAGUGAGGUAUUUAGUGUGGGGAUUAGUGUGGGGUUCAGCAUGAGGAGUUUAUUGAGGUGUUUAGGGUGAGGUACAGGGUGAGGUUUAGCGUGAGGUUUAGGGUGAGGUUUGGCAUAAGGGGUUUAGUGAGGUGUUUAGAGUGAGGUUUAGUAUGUAUGGAGGUGGAAGAUUUAUGAUCAGUAUCUAAUACUGCUACAUGCAGAAGGAAAACCUUAUAUGGUAAAGAUU